AGUAGUCACUUCUUUUCUGAGAGGCAGAGAUGUCUUGCUGUAUUGCCUACUGAAUUUUGAAAGAGCCUUUGCUAUGCUUGUUUGCCUGCAGCAUUUGACAAAAUAUUGGAGAAGGAGAAAGGUUAUUCUAUUGUAGUAGUAGUCACUCCUCUGCUGGCCAUCAUUCAUGAUCAGGUAGCCAUCUAUUGUUCUAAAGGCAUCUCUAGCACAUAUGUCUCGGGCGAGAUGUCUGAUGCAGCUACAAUGGAUGCGAUCUUCCAUGGAAAGUAUCAGCUAGUAUUCUUUACACCUGAAAUGAUCAUCAGCAAGAAGCAUUGGAGAAGACUUCUGGGGGGAGAUAUGUAUGCUAAUAGACUCAAGGCUUUGAUAAUCGAUGAAGCUCAUUGUGUGAAGAAAUGGGGUGAGACUUUCAGGCAAAUGCUGUUGAGAAUUAGAGAAGUGCGCAGCCUCAUUCCAACAUCAGUUCAUGUGAUGGCGCUAACAGCAACAGCUACCCGAAGUGACAUUUCAUUUAUUUCUCGUAUUGUUGGCCUAAGAAACCCAUUUGUCAUUACGAGAGUCCCAGUAAUCCCAAAUUUGCUGUUGGAUUGUUCAAAAGUAUACCAGAGACAUUCCAAAACUUGGCCCAGAAAUUGGUAAUCGAGAGAAACAAGUUUCCCAAAACAAUCAUAUAUGGACGUUCUUUUGGAGUGUGUGGUGACAUGUACCUCUUCUUUAAGGAUUACCUUGGAGCUGCAUUCACAAAUCCUGAUGAUGCACCUGAUCUUCCUGAAUUUCGCCCCGUGGACAUGUUUACAAGUGUCACUGAUCCAGCCCAUAAAUCUGAAAUCAUUCGUUUAUUUAAGGGUGAUGGCAAUCUUCGCAUUGUUGUAGCUACUAUGGCAUUUGGUAUGGGUGUUGAUUGUCCCAACAUUCGGUAAAUCAUUCAUGUUGGCCUGUCAGACGAUAUCAGUAGCUAUGUACAAGAGACUGGUAGAGCAGGUCGAGAUGGUAAACCAUCACGUGUAACCCUUUUAAAGGCAAGAAUUUACCAUCAAGUUAAUAAUGAGAUUAAAGAAUAUGCUUCAAACUUCAACACUACAGAUUGUAGAAGGGAUAGUCUUUUCCGAAAUAUUGACAAUUACAAACAUGUUGAUCUCGGUUUCAAUUGCUUGUGCUGUGAUAUUUGUUCUAAGUCAUGUUUAUGUGGACAAUGUGACCUAAGACUUAGUUACUUCUUUCAGCUAAUUACAAAUUUUAUUUUCAUUAUUACCUGUGCUUCAAGAAAGCUGCUAUAUCUACCGAAACAUUUCCUGCACAUUUUGGGCAAUCUGUUUUUAUCACUGCCAUUUACAAUACUGUUAAUGUCGACAUCAGCACACAUCUGUUCUUCCUCAUUCUCCAGUAGCAUUGUCCACAGGUCCAACACUUCCUUUCCAGCUGGACCAUCAAGAGCUCUCCUGUUACCAGGCCUUGAUAGCUCAUCCUCACAUCCAAAACAUUGUAGCACUUGGGCCAUUCUUGCUCUUUUAAUUUAGUAGCAAAGUCAUGUUGUUUUCAGUGCCAGCCAGUGUGGUGCAGUGCGGUGCAUAUUGCGUUUAACACCCACUUAAAAUGAUUAUAUUCAUGAUGCUCCAAGCAGUAUUACAUAAUACACAAGUACAAAUCCUAUAUAAGCGUGUCCCCCGACCUCCCGUCAGGGACGGUCGGGCUCCGCCCAACUACCGAGACACUGCACUGUAUAAAAGCCAGAGAAAGCCAGCUAGCUAGCUCUACAGCUACACAAUGGCUGCAGGUUACUCUACUAAAAGGUUUUUUAUGGCUCAUCUCAAAGAUUUUGAAGAUUAUCUGAACAUCGAUGAAGUGAUUCCCUUACUAAGCAAGCAAUUACUGACUCUAGAUAUAGAUGAGAUGGAAACACUGGACUCACUUACAACCCGAAAGAAGAAAAUUAAACACCUUGUUAAAAUUAUAUGCAUAAAAGGAGAUCAAGCUCCCUUCUUGUUCAUCGAGUGUGUUCAAAAUGCAAAGGAGCACUUUCCCCAUCCUGAACUAGCGGAUAAAAUGGAGAAAUGGCUUCAAGAUCGUCCAGCACACACGCCCCCUAUUCGUUCAGCAUUUGCUCAGAAUCAGGCACUAGCAACGAACAAUUCGCAACCUAGUAAUUACAAUGUCCCCCAAGUCGUGAGGACAAACCCUGUACCAGCUGUGUAGUGAUGAACAGGACAGCACAAAUGCACAAGAUGUUUCGACAGUUGAUACCGUAUCAAACCACACUGCGUCGACUGAUAUAAUGGUCGAGCAAACUCUACAAGUACCGAUUGAAGAACAAAUAUCAGUCAGUAGCCUCCCUCAAGUAAUCGAUGCCGUUCCCCAUGGCCUAGGGGUGAAUACUGCAGAAACCGUCAGUUCUCGUCAGCAGGACAACACAAAUCCAAACUCAUUACAGAGAUCAACAGUUAGUACCUUUGAAUCUCAAUUCGAACAGGGACUUUUGCCACUAACAAUGGCGGAGCAAACUCCAUGUUUAGUGCGACAAAUGCAAGUAACAGUUGAUGAACAAAUAUCAGCCAGUAGCCUCCCUCAAGUGAUCAAUGUUCCCUAUGGCUUAAAGGCGAAUAAUGCAGUAACUGUCAGUACAAGUCAUCAAAAUCCGACCGAUACCAUAGAGAGUAAUCUAUCAAACUUCGAAUCUUGAUUUGAACAGAACAUUUUGUUAGGAACAAUGGCAGAGGAAACUCCACGUUUGGUGCAGCAAGCACAGGUGCUAAUUCAAGAGCAGACCACAAACUCAUUGCUUUAUCAGAACAGUCCAUCUAGUUUUGCCGAUGAUCUCCCCUCCCCAUUGAAUCAAGUUGCACCAGAUUAUGCACACUUGGUGCAGAGAAUAUCUUCUCAUAUGGCGACAAAUGAUGUUUCAAUUGACAGCGUCAUUGUUGAACUAAACAGGAUUCUACAUGAUGGUCACAUGGGCAUUACUAUUCAGCAGGAAGAAGUGAGGGAUUUUGGCUCUCUGUGUGUGCAUAUUCGUCAGCUUGGAUUGUGCCACGAAUCAGACAUUGACUUACUCUGUAGGCUUCUCCAUGUAUUGGGACUACAGGAAUUGCACUCUCUUGCUCUCGAGUAUGCCGAUCAUAUCAUGAGCAAUCAAGCUCUAACCUGCCAGUACAACUCCACAUCUACCCAAACUCACCAUCUCCUCUUGACAUUACAUAGCAACCCUGAUAUGACUCUUGGAGAGGCGUUCGUGGUUAAAGAUAUGAUUGCUGGAGUUCUCUCGAUUCAGAGACACACCUUUAGUCUUGCUUCCACCCGACAUGGCUCCAUUGUCUUAGUAUGGAAGAUACCUGCUGCCUUUCUGAAGCAGUCACUUAGUGUAUUCGGUGUAGACGAAAUUAGGACGAGACUCGAUUCAGAUCCCACACUGAGUUCUAUCAAACUGGAGUAUAUGGAAAGAAGCCAGGUGCGUAUCGAGGAGGUGUACAGCAAGAGGAGAAUGAUUUGCGAUCGAAGUAUUUCCUCAAGUACGGAGCAGAUGGACGAAGAGGAAGGACCUUUGUCAACUUUUGGAGUUAAAAGAGGGGCUCAAUCUAACGUCACUGUGCCAACAGAUCUCCAACCUCCCCCUCUCCGCCGGCCUAGACCUGACAGAUCACAUGACAAGCUAAUAGGUUCUAGAACGGAAGAAAACGAUCGCUUACCAGAACAACCAAGCACCUCUCAAUCUAACCUGCAAUUUCGUCAGCCCCCACACGAAUUUGGCCGGCAAUACAUACCUCCGUCAGGUGAUGAUCAAAGUCGUUAUUCAUCACCCUUAGUACGUUCUAGUUCCACUCGCUCAGAAGGACAUUCAACAGAUGAAUCUCCUCUUCAAGUGCUCAUUAAAACUUUGAGAACCUCUUAUGCAGAUGAAAAGUUCUUCAACAAAUCUGCUGGUAUUAACAAAGGAACUAUCAAAUUUAUUAAUCUAGCACUCGUCAAGAAGAAAGGAAUAAGUGCUGCAGAUGCAGAGAAUGAUGAAUUUCUGCAAAGUACAUUACACGGCUCUGUGGAUGACAUCAUCAAGAAGAAAAAGGAAGACAUUAAGUUGCAAGGAAUUUUCACUUACGGUAAAAAAGGAUCGAGGAAGCUCGUACUAGUCGAAGGGGCUCCUGGUGUUGGAAAGACAAUGCUUGCCCUACACAUGUGUCAACUAUGGGCCAAUAAAGAUCUGCUAGAUGAAUACGAUAUGGUGCUCUUGGUAACCCUCAGAAGAUACCAGCGAAAACCGUCAGUGGAUUUGAGUGAUCUGCUCAUAUACCUGCAAGGCUCUCUUCUCGAUGAUGCUACCGAAGAGUUAUUGAGAUCUCAAGGGGAAAGAAGUUUGUUCAUUCUCGAAGGCUGGGACGAGUUGCCUCCUACGUUACGUGAAGAAGGUUCAUUCUUUUUUGACAUUGUCGAGGGCAAUAUUUUACCGAAAGCAUCUGUACUUGUAACCUCUCGUCCCACAGUGACCUCUGACCUCUAUGAAUACAUGGAUGAACGACAUAUCGAGGUAUUGGGCUUCAGCACUAAGGAAAUCACACAGUACGUACAACUUCAUGGCGGGGAUAUGUCUGAAACGGUUCUUAGCCAUCUCAACAAGUUUCCGAACCUCAAAGCGUUGGCCCACAUCCCGCUCACUCUUUCCAUUAUCUGCCACGUGGCUCGAAAAGAUUCAGCUUUGCCGCAUACCCUCACAGAGCUUUAUCGUCAGCACAUCUGUAACACUCUUUUCCUAACCUUGAAGAGGCACAUAACGUUCAAGUCCCUCUCUGGAAUUUCUUGCUUGGAAGAACUACCGGUCGAAGUUAGAAGCGUGAUCAAUUCUCUAUGUACUUUGGCUCUGGACGGCUUCAAAGAGAAGAAGUUUGUGUACAGUAAAGAGGAUUUGCAGAGAGUUGGUCUCAAACCAAAUGCCUUUGAUGGCUACGGCCUAUUGAAUGCACCUGUUAUGGCCGUUGCAGCAGGAUUCGAGCAGAUUUAUCAGUUCAAUCAUCUCUCAAUUCAAGAGUUUCUCGCAGCCUAUGGAAUUCAACAUCUGGUUAAUGAUCAACGAGUUUCACUUCUCAGAGAGUUUCGAAAUGACAAGCAGUUUCAAAACAUUUGGAAAUUUUUCUCGGGGAUUACAAGGCUCGAGAACGAAUAUUUCAAAGAAUUGAUCAUAUCUGAAACUGGGAAGGCCAAUCGAGAUCAAAUCUUUCUUCUACACUGCUUGUACGAAGCUGACAACCCUGCUAUCAGCAAGAAAGCUGCGAAAAAGAUGUUCCAUGUUCUAAACCUUGGUAACAUGCUUCUCAGCACAACCGACUGUCUCUGUGCUGCUCACAUGAUCACAUCGGCUGGGGGGGAGUGGCAGGUCGAGUUGAGGGGGUGCAAUAUGGGGGACGAUGGACUGAGGAUAUUCAAGACGUCUCUUUUGACCCACAUUGAGACCCAUGGAGUACUCGGAUUCACCAUCAAGAGAUUGGAUUUGACUCAGAACCGGAUACAAGCAAGGUCUGUUGGCCACCUCGCGGACAUGAUCGACAGCAAGAUGCAGCUGCAUUCACUCAUAUUGUCGUCCAAUCCGUUUGGAGACGAGGGUAUGAGGACUAUCGCAGCAGGUCUCAAGCAGCCGCACGCAACAACCAAGUCACUUCGUUUCUUAAGCUGUGAGCUGACUACAGAUGGUGCUUUUGAACUAGCUGAUGUCUUGAGAGCAAACAGCACAAUAAAAGAACUCCACAUCGGAUUUGAACCAUUUGGUUGCCAUGGCGUUAAGAGUAUAGCGCAAGCACUAGACAACAGAUACAACAAGACACUCACUGAACUAUCACUGACGAAAACAGAUAUGACUACAGCCGGUCUUACUGCUCUAGCCCAAAUGGCUCCCGUCAACCAAACUCUUGAAGUACUAAGACUUGAUCGGAAUGAUUUGGGAUCUGAUGACUGUCAUCUGGUGGCUACUAUUAUUGAGAAGAGCAGCAGCCUUACUCUGAUAGAUUUGUCAAAAAAUCCAAUUGGAGAUGCUGGUUUUGAGCGAGUACUUGAAGCACUGAUUGCCAAACCUAAAAGCUCUCUCAAAAAGUUGGGGGUGUUUGGAUGUGAUGUCACACCAAAGGGGCUCAAGAAACUCGUGGAACUAUUUUCAGUCACAGAAACUUUUGUCGGAAUUCAUCUGGGGUGCAAUCAUCUCGGAGACGAGGGUGCUGAACUAGUGGGAGAGGCUUUGAAAAGAAACAGCUCCAAAUCAGUCAAGCAAGUUCUAAUGGAGGCUACAAAGGUGACUGACAAAGGAAAGAAGAAGCUCCAGGAGAUCUGUGACUCCAUCAACUCUGAGAGAGAUGCAGAGAACAAGUUAGAUCUCAACUACAAGCAAAACUCUCAAGUAGUGCAGAAAAGAAACUCCACCAAUUAUCUGUGAUAGUUAUGUGUAUGUACCACGUGUAACCUUUUUUCCUGUGAAGACCACCCCAUUCAUUGGUACUUUUAUAUUCAGCUCACGAUGUUUUUGUGAAACUAAAUUCUGUGUUAAUUUUUGCAACUCAACAAUUAUUCUACUUGUUAUGAAUAGGCAAGUGCAGCUAUUAUUGUACUUCAGUUAAUUGA